CGGCGGCCUGGCCUCUGUGUGGUGCGCGGCUCGGCGGCGGCGGGAAAUGGCGACCGAGCGCAGGCGAGUGUAAACACCGGGGCCUCGGCCGCACAACCGAGAGCCGAGCCCAGGCACAGCCCCGGCCCCAGCGGGGAAGACGCCGGCCCCUUCGCUCCCUGCCUUCUGCCUUCCUCCGCCCGCGGGACCGCACGGCCGAGGGAGCAGCAAAAGCCUCGCGACAGCCCGACCCUUUUAAGGUUCAUACUACGAUUUGGCUGCAAAUCACAGGACAUCUUAAUUCUGCCUUCACUGAGUAGAGAAGGUUGGAGGACGGGGAGUCGGAGAGAGAAUGAGGCAUGGAGAUGCUGACCUGACAUACAAAAGGCACAACAGAGCCUGAAGGGAUCCAGGUUUCGGACCACUAGACUUGUCUGCAUAGCACCCUGUUCAUUCCUGAUGCCAAAAUAAGCAGUACUUCUGUCCUGCGCUAUUUCAUUUCCUAGACUUUGUACAUGUGACACUUUGCAAGAAUGAGGCUGAGAAUGCGGAAGGGUUCUCAGCAGACAACCCCCGUCAUAGGAUCAAGACCAGGACCUGAGAAGGCCAAACGGAAGCGCUCUGAUGUAGAAGACACAAUACCAGCGAUGGGUGCCAAGCCAAUUAAGAAGGAGACUGGUUUACUCUCAUCAAUAAAAAGGCUUAUCCGAGGAACAAAGACGGAGCCAGAGAAGCCUCCCAAGAAAAAAUGUCGAGUUGAUUGCGACCUUGAUGAUAACAUGAUCACAUCAACGCCUCCCGUAGGCACGAGACCCAACAAACCAAUCUCCAGAGUAAGACGGAAAAGCCCUGUAAACGGAGAAACUGGUGACUACAACAGCAAACAGAAUGGGAAGCUACCUACUGUUGACCCCCUCAGUCCUCCGCGGACCGCUUUACUGGGGACCAUCUUUUCUCCGGUGUUCAGUUUCUUUUCACCAGCAAACAAAAAUGGAACAUCCGGUUCUGAUUCUCCAGGUCAGGCCGUGGAGGCUGAAGAGAUUGUCAAACAGCUGGACCUGGAGCAGGUUGAUGAGAUCACCACCAGCACUGCAACAUCAGCCACUGGUGGAGCUUACCCCAGCCCGGCAGUGAUCGCACAAUCGCCCUCCCCUGACAGCAGCUCAAAUGACACCGAGGACGAGAGUGCCCGUGAGCUACGCCCACUUCCAGCACCGGAGCUGAACGUGACUGGAGUAGAGCUGUGCAAGGCCAUGCCUCCUCCCAACUCUUACCCAGAACCGACCGCUCACCCCGAGGCCAGCUACGAGGAGGACUGGGAGGUCUUUGAUCCUUAUUUCUUCAUCAAGCACGUCCCGCCGCUGACUGAGGAACAGCUCAGCCGGAAGCCAGCGCUCCCUCUCAAAACAAGAAGUACACCUGAAUUCUCCUUGGUUCUAGACUUGGAUGAGACCCUGGUGCACUGCAGCCUCAAUGAACUGGAUGAUGCAGCACUUACUUUCCCUGUCCUUUUCCAGGAUGUAAUUUACCAGGUGUAUGUACGGUUGAGACCCUUCUUCAGGGAGUUCUUGGAACGGAUGUCUCAGAUUUAUGAGAUUAUUCUUUUCACUGCCUCUAAGAAAGUCUAUGCAGACAAAUUGCUGAAUAUUCUGGACCCUAAAAAACAACUUGUCAGGCACAGACUCUUCCGUGAGCACUGCGUGUGUGUUCAAGGGAACUAUAUCAAAGAUCUGAACAUCCUCGGGAGAGAUCUGUCUAAGACCAUCAUCAUUGACAACUCUCCACAGGCCUUCGCGUACCAGCUUUCCAAUGGAAUUCCUAUUGAGAGUUGGUUCAUGGAUAAGGGUGACAUGGAGCUUCUGAAAUUGAUUCCUUUCCUAGAGAAGCUUGUAGAACUGAACGAAGAUGUUCGACCUCACAUCAGAGAGAAAUUCCGUUUGCAUGAUUUGCUUCCUCCAGAUUAAGGACUUGGUGCCAACAGUCUCUCGGAUUGGUGGGGGGUGAGGGAGGGAGGGGGAGAGGGGAAGGUUUGGGGCCGAGGUGGAGGAGGAAGAGACAACAUAAACAGGCUCCUUUGGACUAAGACAUUGCCAUUACUGUUGAAAUUUGCAUUUUGUACCUCGUCUUGUUUUUCUGGUCUUUGGCACCCAAAGUUACCCAAGGGUUACAGAGUGAGGUUAGUCUACAGUUUUAGAUGGGUCAGAACCUAAAAGGAUAUCGCAGAUUUUUUUAAAUAAAAAGAAAAUUUAAAAGAAACUGUAAAUGCAGUCAACUCUCCAAACGCAGAUCCUGAUGGCACAUAUAUAUAUAUCUAUAUAUCUAUAAUAUAUAUACACACACACACACACGCGCACACAGAGCUCGCUCUCAAUGUUCUGUUGUCCACUUGGUGUGUUGAAGCUGUCUGCCGGAUAGCGAGUUUGAAAUGCUGUAGUCUGUUGCAAUACAUGUUGAUGAGACUUUCGCUGUAUUAGCUGUAAAUGUUUUUAGCUCUUUGUUAUUUUUUUCUUUCUUGUGAAACAAUCAACUAUUUCUUAUAAAGUACGGGGGAAUCUUGUUACAAUGCGGUUGACAGGAUCCGACCAUUUAUGCUUGCGUUCUAGAGCAGCCAGUAACCAAGUCAGCACUUCUGUGUCUGUCACUUUGUGUGUGUGUGUGUGUGUGUGUGUGUGUUCACAGAAAGCUGGCUGGCUACUCUUGCAAUGUACUGUUUGAUCUGUGUGGUGGGGAGGGGAAGAAAAGGCCUUUGUGGAAGUCCAUCAUAUCAGGGUCCAUAACUUUAUAUAUGCAGCAACACUGUAUUGAAGGCAGUUAUUGCGAGGUUCCCUUGUACUUCAAUUUCCCCCACCAGCAUUUUGUUCAGCCUAUAUUAUCACGGGUUUACAUGCAAUGCAACAGAGAUGGAAAAUCAGUAUUUUCUCCCCUCUGUAUUGGUGCUUUAAAGUGGGUCCACUUCCACUCAGCGACGAUGGGUCUCAUUUCAACAGGAAUGGCCAGUAAAUGCAUUUCUACGGUUUUAGAAUUUGUUUUCCCCCCUCCCCCCGUUUAUUAAGUCAAAGUCCAGUUACAAUGGCAUUCCUUUUAACUAUGAUGUAGUGUAGAUUCUCCCCACUCCCAGCCACAAAAAAUAUUUUUUCCUAAUUUGAAAUCCCAACUUCCUGCGUUGUCUGUCUGUGAAGUAAUGUAUAUUUGUUUAAAAAGAAUUAAAUAAAGAAUCUAUAGCUUAGUCAAAAAUUAAAGUGAAUCCAUAACAUGCAACUUUAUUUAUAUUUGAGAACUGAAGCAUUCGCCAACAAUCGCUAUAAACUUUUGUGGUGUGGGAGGGAGGGAUGAGGAGAUCACUGAUCACUGAGGUUAUGAAUGUGGAAAUCUUAAGUAUCACAGUUAGUCAUUGUUUAACCUUGGUUCAAACUGCAGCUUCAAUUGGAUGUCAGAGUUUAAACUGUUUUGUCUUCACCUGAGCUUCAGGGUGCGUGGUGGAGGGAGAAGCGAGAGGAAGAAAAUGCAACGGAGUUGAAUUUUACAAAGUGGGGGUGGGGGUCUUGUGCCACCUUUCGGCAUCUCAUCUACGCUAUUGCAUUGUCCCCUUUCCAGUCGCCUUGUGUAACUCAGUGGUGGUUGGGUGGGGCCUGGUUUGUAGGAGCAUCUUAAUGGCAAUACUUCAUUAAUUGGUGUGUCAGAGUUCUAGGCUCUCCUUUUCUUUCCCCCACCACCUCCACCCGCCAUAGAAAAACGGUCCUGGACUCCACUCUACUAAACCUUCUGGCUUGCUGUCCCACUGUAUUGUAUUUUCCCCUUGAAGGAGCGUAGCAUGAAUUGCCUCUAGACUGCAUCAGUAUGCCACAGGUCAGACUGUAUUAAUUAUAGGUUCUUUACCCUAAAGGAAAGUACAGUCAAACCUCACUAUAACGACCCCCCUCAAGACAGAGAGAAAAGAUCAUUAUAUCAGGAUGUUCACUAUAACAGGGUUCGGCUGCCAAUGAGGUGCAAAAAAACGGGUCCUGCCGUUGGUUUGUUAUAGAGAGGUUAGACUGUAAGACUAGCUGCACUUCUUUCGUCGAGAAGGAGCUAGAGUUUUUUUUUUGUUUUUGUUUUUUUAACUCUUAUUGUUCAGGACGAGGUAUGCAGUUGCAAAGAGAGAGGAGAGGGUGUGUGUGAGGUGAGCAGCACAUGGAUGAGGAUGCCAGUUAAUUUUUUUAUGUAUAUUACCAGUUUACCUGUACAAACGUUCUUGUACAAACAAAAAAAACCUACACGCAGCUUCAUUUAAAAACAAACCUCCUUAAAAUAAGGAAAAUCUUUUUAAAGAAAGCGGUUAAUUUUUGUAUUUUUGAUUUUACAAAAGGCAUGAGUUAUGUCUACUUUUUUCAGUGUGUAUUAAUGAAGAUUUUAACUUUUCAUCAGGUUGAGUGUUUUUUCUUACUAUUAUCUAUUGUGUAUGUAGUUAGCACAUUGUGACACUGAAAUGUUUAAAAAUCUAGCAUGUAGAAAAAUAAGCCUGUUUUUUGUGGGGGCAAAAAAACACCCUUUUAUCCUUCAUUAAAAAAAAAAUAUUUUAAUCAUGGCAGGUUUUCUGCAGAAAAUAAUUUGAAAAGCGUUUGCAUUUCAGAGAAAUACUGAUUUUGUAUUUAAAGAAAGGUAUUUUGCUUGCAGGAAUCUAUUUACUACAGAUUUACUUUAAUGAUAAUCUUUGAGAUGUAUUUAAAUACCUUAGGGCACCUAGGCAUCUUUCUUUAUGCUGUUUGUCAUUUGUCUAUUGAAAUAAAAAUGUACAGAACAUUA